AUGGAGGUUUCAAACGUGGAAAAGGCAGAGGUCUCCCGGGUCGAACAUGUUGGCUAUGAUUCCAACACUCAGGAGCUGCGUGAUCACCCCAAGACAUGGAACUGGAUUCUCAAGGCGAUGGUCCUCACCAAUAUUUGUUUCAUGGUUUUUUGCGGCAACUUUUACUCGGCUGGUAUCUCCGCAGGACUGACUCCCGUGGUACAUGACCUCAAUAGUAACUACAAAGAAGCAAGCAAGGUUGUCGCAUACAGUGUCCUUUGCAUUGGACUGGGUGCUUUUCUUUGGAUUCCCACUGCUGUCGUCUUUGGAAAACGGCCGGUUUUAUUAGCCUCGCAGUGCAUGUUCAUGGCUGGCUGUAUCUGGGCUACACAAGCCUCAACCAUGAAUAGCCUUCUUGGAUCCCGGAUUGUUGGCGCGCUUGGCGCUGGCGCAGUCCAGGCUGUCGGUCCUGCGGUUAUUGGAGAGAUAUUCCUUGAGAAGAAUUACUCGAAAGCCAUGGCCGCAUAUUCAAUAAGCCUCUGCCUUGGAGCUCAGGGCAGUCCCCUUAUUGCUGGCCAUCUCAUCGCUGCCAAAGGCUGGCAGUGGUUCUUUAUUCUUGUCGCCAUCCUCAGCGGUGUAAACUCUCUUAGCCUUCUCUUUCUUUGCCCGGAAACAGCCUUCAACGUCCGGGUCGAAUUAGGCGCUACGAGCGCAGAUUUUGACGCGGACAUUUUUGACCAGGCUGGCCGUCUAGGCCCGAGCCAGAGUCCAAUCAAGACUUGGCGUCAGAACUCGUUCUACACAAGACACCCGCACGUACGUGGAGGGGGGGCGAGACAAUGGUUGCUUUCAUUCUUGUUGCAGAUAGAGUAUGCCUUUGAUCCUAUCGUUCUACUCUCCGCGGGCAUGUGGGGGAUCGCAUUGGCAUGGGUCGCUACUAUCUCGGUCAUCAGCAACCAGCUAUUCGCUGCGCCACCUUUCCUUUGGGGCCCAGCUCAACUUGGGAAUUGGGCGUGCACUAGCCUUAUAGGGGUUUUCCUUGCAUUUCCUAUUGCAGGCCCGUUAACGGACGCCCUUUCUUCCUUUUUUGGUCGAAGAAAAGGCAAGCAUAUGCCCGAGUAUCGCCUUUAUACCUUGGUAGUCCCCUUGGUGAUUUGUUCACCAGGCCUUCUACUGUUCGGAUAUACAUACACCAAAGGCUCCUAUGUAGGACCAGCGGUUGGGUACGCCAUGGAGACCGCCAGCCUGAUGCUUAUACCUACCUCGGUAUUGUCUUACGCCAUAGACAGUUACCCGUACGAUUCAUCGGAAGUUGUAGCUUUGAUGAACGCUGUGACGCAUUUGAUCUCUUUUGGUCUGGUAGAGACUGCCUCGGACUGGUUGACGAGGGUCGGCGUCGAGAGACUGUUCUUGCAGAUGGCUAUUAUCCAGUGGGUAUUGAUUGCCGCACUCUCUGUGGCUCUCAUUCUAUUUGGGCCGUGGAUUCGGACAAAGGCUUCUUUUAUUCAUCACCGAUAUGGUGCCAAGAGAUUUCUCUGA